GGCUACGUUGUUUUUAAGCAUCUUCUUAACUUAGAGCUUUAUGCCGUAUAGGAAAAGGAAACAACGCAGAUCCUUACAAAUAUAUAUUUAGAACUGUUUCUAUACAUUUUUUAAAAGGGAAAAAUUAUCAUUACAUCUCAAAAUAGGAGAAUAAUUAGUACCCAGAAAGACAUGAACAAUGUAUUCCCUCCAUCAGGUGACGCAAGCUAUGUACCCAUACAGCUAACCGAUAUCACACCUGUGCGUGUAUUCGACGUGCACGGUGAGUAUUUAGACACUGAAAUCGACCUCGACACGCCUGUGCGUGUACUCCAGCUGGCUAUUGAAGACUACUUCAAAGUGAAACCUGAGGUUCAGUUACUUCUACACAACCGUCGUCCCAUUAACCCUGAUCGCACUCUGCGAGAAAAUGGGUGUCUCCUCCUGAAGGGCGAUCCCUAUGUCCGCUUAGUGUUCUCCAUCAAACGAGGUUUAGUGCUUAACCUUGUUUGUCACUUGAACAGCACACAUGAAGUCGUACCGGUUGCAUGUCCUGAGUCUAACACAGUGUGGGAGCUAAAGAAGCUCCUCUGUGAGGAAAUAGCGUAUAGACGCGGACAUGCCGACGGUGAUGAGGGCAGAAAACCGGCGGCAAGCAACCCCACUGCGCAGCAGGUACGCUUGCUAUGGCGGUACCUAGAACUAUCUGACAAGGCCACAUUGCGUUACUAUCGUAUCCCCACGAACUCGGUCUUGUCGGUGAUGCUAAGACGCAUUAACAGCAUCACAGUGGAACAGCAUCCACAACACACAGCUGUGCAGCCACCCAUGGCUGCACAGAAGGCCGCUAUUGUAGUCAACCCUUGUGACUUCAGCACAAACCCUCAACCUAAGCCCCUAGGGGGGGGGUCCCUAUCUCUACAGCCGGCGGACUCGUAUCCCCUUUACACGAAUCAUUCACCUCAUCUCGAGCGCAGUCAGUUGGUACGGCAAAAAACUGAUGUGGCGCAGAUCCCACCUGCAAUAAUACCGGCAGAGGUGGGGGCACGCAUUCAAGAACUAGAGGAUACAGUCAUACGGUUUCAUAGUUACCUUCAACGAGCCCUCACUCUAAUCUGA